AUGAAGCUCGCCCCAAUCGCCCUCUCCCUCGCCCUCGCGGCGACCACGCAUGCCGCCGCCAACUACACCGAGUGGAUGGCCGAGUCCUUCCUCUCGUACCCGGUCAGCUUCUCGCGCAACUACGCCAACGGCGUGCUCUACGCCGGCCUCGAGCUCGCCUACAACAAGACCGGCAACCCGGCGCUCCUCUCCUUCAUCCAGUCGCACAUCGACGCCGUCGUCGACGACAAUGGCACCCUCCUCAACUACCCCGGCGACAAGCUGUCCCUCGACGACAUCCGCAUCGGCAUCAACCUGCUCAACCUGUGGACGCGCACGGGCGAGGAAAAGUACAAGAUCGCCGCCGACACGCUGCGCGCGCAGAUCGACAUCACGCCGCGCAACGCCGAGGGCGGCUUCUGGCACCGCAAGCCCACCUACCCGAACCAGAUGUGGCUGGACGGCAUCUACAUGGCGUCGAACUUUUACGCCCGCUACACGAAGUGGUUCCAGCCGGAGAACCGCACCGCCUGGGACGACAUCAUGCUGCAGUACGACCUGAUCGAGAAGCACUGUCGCGAUAACUCGUCCGGGUUGUUGGUGCACGGGUACGAUGGGAGCGGGGUGGCCGUGUGGGCUGGUGCGUUUUUCCCUUACCCCUCGAUCCAUAUCUAUAUCUUCAUCUUCGGAGGCGUUCGCUCAGCACCGCACGUCUGGGACCGCGCCGUCGGCUGGUACUUCAUGUCGCUCGUCGACCUCCUCGACGACUUCCCGCGGUCGCACCCGGGCUGGCAGCGGAGUCUGACCCGGUUCCGGUCGCUCGCGUACGCGCUGAAGAAGGCGCAGGACGCGGCCGGCGGGUGGUACCUCGUCAUGGACGAGCCGUACCCGCGCGACCCGCGCAACUACAUCGAGAGCAGCGGCAGCGCCAUGUUCACGUACGGCUUCCUCAAGGGCAUGCGCAUGGGGUAUCUUGCGCGGCGGGAUUUCCAGCGCAUGACGACCAGGGCGUAUGGGCUGCUGAGGGAGGAGUUUGUGUCGCGCAAUGCGAACGGGACGAUCAAUUUUGAGGGCACUGUCGAGGUGGGCAGUCUGAGCAGCAAUGGGAGUUUCGAGAUGAUGUCAGACGAAAGUCACGUGGCGGUGAAUUCCAUUCAAUCCGACUGGAACUGUCGCACACCCAACAUCCGCACUGCGUUAGAUCCGAUCAUCAUGCCCAACCCCAACUCCGACAAGAUCUCGGACCAGUACACGGUCACAGAGGAGCGCAUCAACCAGGUCAUGGACAGGAUGAACGAAUCGGCCGAGCGGAGCACCCAGCCCCAGAGCAAGCUGUUCGGCCAGUUCCAUGCCCUCAAGGGCUCCGCCGUUGCGGCCAUUGGCAAUGUGACUGGCUGGGAGGCCUGGCAGACGGCCGGCAAGACGGAGCAUGAAGAGGGCCAGCGCGAGUAUGAGAGUGCGGAGGCGUGGUGGCCUACCGAGUGA